AUUGGUACCCCGCUAGAUAUGUACAUCUUGGAAAAAAAUGGCAUCAAACAUCAAUGGCACUAUGUGGGAGCAAGCCAUGGUCAACAAACACGAGCUUGCUUUUGCCGGUCUUGUUGUUACGGUCAUGUCUCUAGCCAUUUUAUGGUACAACAAGACUGUUUCGAACGGCGGCUCCGGCUCCAGCACACCUCCUUUGCCACCAGGCCCCAAAGGCUUACCAGUAGUGGGCUACUUCCCAUUCCUUGGUCCUAACUUGCACCACGAGUUCGCCAAAAUGGCUAACCGUUACGGGCCCAUUUUCAAGCUCUAUCUCGGAAGCAAGCUCCAUAUUGUGGUGAAUUCGGCUGUGCUAGCCAAGGUUGUAACCGGUGAGCAAGACGAGAGUUUUGCUAACCGGGACCCGCAUACGGCUGGGCUAGCCACGAGUUACAAUGCUAAUGAUGUUGCAUGGGCACCCAACAACGCUGAUCGGCGUAACUUACGUAAAGUUUUGGUGCAUGAAGUCCUAAGCAACGUGAAUCUAGACGCUUCUCAUUCCUACCGUCGGGAUGAAGUCCGAAAGACCGUAAAAAAUGUUUACGAUAGGAUCGGUACGCCGGUUGAUAUCAACGAGAUAUCUUUCUCGACGGUUUUGGAGACGCUAACUAGCAUAGUUUGGGGAAAGGGCCUAGUUGAGGGGUCAAAGUAUAGUAAUCUUAGCGACGAGAUACGAGAAGUGGUAUCGCGUAUUGUUGAGAUUGCCGAGGGACUAAACAUCUCGGAUUUCUUCCCCGCGCUUGCGCGUUUUGAUUUUCAAGGUGUCAAGCGAAAAAUGGACGAUCAAAUGAAACAAUUCGACCGGAUUUUCGAGACAACAAUUGAAGAGAGAACACUACGAAAUAAAAGAGUAUCACUGACGGACAAGACUGAAGAACAAAUUAAGCAAGAAGGAAAGAAAGAUUUCUUGCAGAUCUUGUUAGAGCUUAAAGAUCAAAACACAGGACCCUCAAUCACCAUGACUCAAUUGAAAGCACUAGUUGUGGAUAUCUUUCUUGGAGGAACAGAUGCAACUUCAGCUAUGGUGGAAUGGGCCAUGACUGAGAUUUUGAGAAACAAAGAGGUGAUGAAGAAGGUACAAAAUGAGCUAGAAGAAAUAGUAGGUCUAGACAAUACAGUGGAGGAAUCCCAUAUUCCAAAACUGAAAUAUCUUGAUGCAGUGUUCAAGGAAACGUUUCGGUUGCAUCCACCGUUACCGUUCCUUCUUCCUCGAGCUCCAAACAAGACCUGCACCGUCGGCGGAUACACUGUUCCAAAGGGAUCAACCAUCUUUUUGAAUGUAUGGGCCAUACAAAGGGACCCUAAGUAUUGGGACAACCCGUCUGAGUUCAUCCCUGAUAGGUUUUUGGACAAUGAGGGGUUAGAGAAGUGGGAUUAUAAUGGGACAAAUCCCAAGUUUUUCCCCUUCGGGUCGGGUCGGAGAAAGUGCCCGGGUAUCCCGUUGGGAGAGAAGAUGAUGACGCAUAUUUUGGCUUCAUUAAUGCAUUCGUUCGAGUGGAGCUUGCCAGAGGGUGAAGAUCUUGACCUUUAUGAUAAAUUUGGUAUCGCAAUGAAGAAAAAAAACCCACUUGUAGUUAUCCCGUCUCCGCGGUUGAGAGACGCGAAUCUUUACAAGUGACAUUGUCUAUACUUAACGGGAUGAUGAUGGAAUAAUGUGCUAGCCUUUAAAUGUGAAAUUGUUGUGUUUGAUAGGGAUGUUGGUCUAAUGUGUUUGCUUGCUCUUUUGUUGUUUGGGGAUACUUUAUUGAGGUUUUAGAUUUGUUUUGUCGCA